AUGAACAGCAAUGAAUUCCAGCCUAUUAUAGUGAAUACUAAUCGUUCACGUUUGCCUCAAUUAACGUUGCCUAAAUUCAUUGGUUCCUAUAUAGAGCGGACAAAUUUCUAUUCGAUGUUCACAUCAAUCAUCGAUAAGGACAGCGACCUAAGCGAUGUGGACAUAUUGCAACAUUUGCGUUCCUGUUUGAGUGGUGCUGCUCUUGACACCAUACGAUCGUUGGAAAUAAAUGAGGCUAAUUAUAAAAUCGCAUUAGAUCUCCUCAUUAAACGACUUGAUAAUAAACGUCUUAUUUUUCAGGCACAUAUCAAGGAGAUUUUCGGGAUGGACAAAGCAGAUGGUACCGUCGGCAAGCUGCGAGCGUUGACUGACAAGGUAAAUUCGCAUAUAUGUGCGUUGCAGUCACUUGGUUCAAAAGAGCAAAUAGCGGACUGCAUAGUGGUACAAUUCUUAACACAAAAGUUGAACAACGUAACUCAAGCAAAAUGGGAAGAAAGUUGGUCAAUAAACGAGUUACCAUCGUGGGAAUCAUUAGCUGCAUUUUUAGAACAUCGAUGUCGUACCCUCGAGAACAUAGAGCAUGCAUUACAAACCCAAGCUGAAACAUUUGGUAAAACUGGAAAAACCGUGAGUACACAUCAAAGAAAAUCCUUUGUUGCUUCAAAUAGCUUACUGGGUGUUUGUGUAUUUAAUGGUCACGAAGUAUCAUUAAUACCAAACUCUGUCUAA